GACGGGGCCAAGAUGGCGGCGCCCGUCCUGCUGCGGGUGUCGGUGCCGCGCUGGGAGCGGGUGGCGCGGUCCGCCGUGUGCGCCGCCGGCAUCCUGCUGUCCCUGUACGCCUGCCACCUGGAGCGCGAGAAGGGCCGCGACAGCCACUACCAGGCCCUGUGCGACCUCAGCGAGCGGGUGCGCUGCUCCGCCGCCAUCACCUCCAGAUGGGGUCGAGGAUUCGGUCUCUUGGGUUCCAUCUUUGGGAAGGACAGUGCAAUAAAUCAGUCAAACAGUGUUUUUGGCCUGGUGUUUUAUAUACUACAAAUGCUACUUGGUAUGACAGCAAGUGCAGUAGCAGCUCUAAUCCUCAUGACAUCCUCCAUAGUGUCUGUAGUAGGGUCCCUGUACUUGGCAUACAUUCUGUACUUCGUGCUGAAGGAAUUUUGCAUUGUCUUCGUGCUCACAUAUUUGCUGAACUUCAUUCUCUUUAUCAUCAACUACAAACGACUAGUUUAUUUGAACGAGGCCUGGAAGAGGCAACUCCAACCCAAACAGGAAUAACCCCUGGUGGAACUUUUGACUGACAGUCUGAAGACCCAACUUCCAUUAAGUUUAUUUUGCAGUAAUUUUUUUAUUCUCCAUAUCAGACACUUUUUUCCCCCCCCUUCUCUCCCAAGAAUCAUAACGGAAAUUUUGAAUUAUAAAUUUCGAGGGGCCCCAGAUAAUUUCUCUGUGCUAAUCUUCAGUUUAAAUGCAGUUAUGAAAGAAAGCUCUGUAACAAUCAAAGACAAGCUUUAACUUUACUUUGAAGGAGUUUUAGCCACAGCAAAACCUAGACUCUCUCUCUUCCCCCUCCACUUGUGAAGUGGGUAACACUUGCUAUGAAAUAUCCUGUAUAUAAAUUCAGGUAUAACAAGAUGUGAUCAUGACAUGAAAUAUUCUAGACUAGCAUCACCAUAUUUAAUGUUGCCAUGUUUACUUUAAGUGUAUUUUUUUUCUUUUUUCAUUUUUCUUUUUUUUUUUUUUUUAAGCUGAUGGACUUAGAUUUGCCUAGGACUUAUACUGUAAAUAAAAUUAGAACUCUUGGUUUCAUCCCUGGAGAACUCACUGUCCCAUGGGUUUGGUUAGGAGCUGUCAGAGGGUUCAGCUCGGAGUCGACUGACACGAUGGAAGAAGUGACCUCUAAAGAACAUGGAGUUGCUGCUCUCACUGUUGUGCUAUCACAAGAAUGAUGCUUGGGGUUGGUUCCAUUUUUUCUUCUUUUUUUUUCUUUUUUUUUUUUUUUGUCUCUAGUAACAAAAAAGGAAUUAAAGCUGAAGCCUGAAGUACGUUGAUUAAACGACAACCUCAUGAAUUUCUGUACUGAACAAAAAUAGCUUCAUGUGGUCAAUGAAAAGCUGAUUUUUGCAGAUUGGGGGUUGGAUGAAGUGUUCUUUGAAAGGACUCCAUUUCCAAGCAGAGCUGUUUCAUUUGAAGCUGUGCUCAGGCAGCCAGUGUUACUAAUGUUUGAUGUUCUAUGAAUGCUGCAGUAUAGAAUUGCAAUUUGCAGUGGAAACCACUGAGUGAGCAGGAUAACCAAGCAGUGCACUGAAAAAGCAGUUCCUUAAUUGAUCUUGGUCAGGAUCUUUGGUUUGUGCUAUAUUGGGAAAUGAACUUUAGGCCUGACACACACACACACACACACACAGAGAAGAUCUCUUGGAAGGGCAACCUGUUUAAUGGGAUAAGUAAGUCAAUGUGCUCCUGAAAAUGAAAUGUGAUAUAGUGCUAUCAUUGCUCUUUCUACAAACUAAUUGGGGAAAAAUAAGAUACUAAACUGCAGAUUUAAACAAAGGAACAAAAUUGUACACGUUGUUUCUGCACUCGGUAUUCUAAGGCUGAAUGUUAAAAGUGCCUUCUGUCUUCAAAUCUUAAACCAAAUACUUUGUGUUGAACUUGGCAGGCAGAAGUGUCCUUGCUUUAAAAAUGAACAAACAGAAUUCCCAGCAAACUUGCUGGGGAUAGAAGAGUAUUAAGAGAUCUGUUUUUAGUUUUUAGACUGAGAAGUGGUAGCAGUAUUGUUUUCAGUUUAAUUUAAAAGGUUGAUGUGAUUUGGAAAAAUGAAAUACUCGUGUUUCAGACUGUGUGACACCAAAAUGUGUGGGUUCAGCUACUUUGUUUAAUUGGUGCUGUGCUGCUUUUUGCCCUGUCAGUUCGAAAUAUGAAGAAUUCCAACUGCAUACCCAUUUAUUUAAAGAACUAAUUUAACUCCUUUUAGCAUUUUCCUUCUCGAACACAAAUGUCAGAGAGACACUGCCAUUGUAAGUGGAUUUUAAACACUAAAGAUAAACUUGACUGUGAAACGAGCGGUGUUUCCAUAGAGCAAAACAAGAUUGGAGCUUGAAUUCACAAAAUUAACAUUCAAAUUACUACUGAAGUAGUUCUGGUUUGCACCAAGGGUGGAGGUGGAAACUGCUUUUCUGUACAGAGUUCUGUGGUGUGAGUAACAUCUGUUGCAUGUAACACUAAAAGACUUGUCCCUCGUCUGACAGUUUUAGCCAACAAUUCAUUAAAUGAGUUUUGUAUUGACCGGAGUAUAGUUAAAGCUUGUCUUGAUGUUUAGUUCUGUCUCUCAAAUGCCUUCCACUUUGAUAUUAAGGGGAAUGAAUGAUGUUGAAUUGGUCCCUCAAGGCUUGGCUUUGUUCUCUCCCAAGCCUUGAGGCAGUAGCAGUGUUUAAUGUGUUGUAUAGAUUUUUCUUUCGAUGCAUUCCUGUGAUCUACACUAAAGGCAUCUUUUUUUCAUCCGAGGAAGAGGUGAACACGUGCUGCCUGAGAGUUGCUCCUGUCUCAGAGCAAGCAGCCACGGAGACAAGUCUAAUCCAUGAGUACUUGGUCCAAUUCCUGGGGAAAAAAAGAGGAAAAAAAAAAAAAACAACAUCCCAUCAGCUGAAAGUAUUGGUAUUGACUUAACUUCACUGUGUCUUGUGCUUGUCUGUGUGGGCAUCGUCUGUUGAUUCAGUUUGUUUAGUAAAAAUGUCUAGGGCCAGAUUUUCAGCAGUGGUGUCUGCAGUCCUUGUUUGUGUGCACAUAGGGAGCAAAUGGAGCUGGAGUUUGGGCUCUGGGAGAAUUUUCAGCCCCUCUUUGUGCACGACCUUGCAAAUCUCAUCCUUAAUUGUGAACUCUCUUGUCUUGUGCGCAUCCCUUGCAGUUACUUUUUACUGGAAGCUAUUCGCUAGAAACGGCCCUGAUUUCUUCUGUUUCUCUCUAGUGCUUCAGAAAUGCAGUUGGCCUGAAUAAAAGGCAGAAUAAUCUUAGCAGGAGAAAUUUGGACUUUUCUGCUUCCAGUUCUUUGGACUUUCCUUGCUGCUCCCAGUGAUAGAAACAGCAUCUUCCUUCCAGUAAAAUGGGUUGUGAUGGAAAUCAGGAGUGCAGCUGUGCCCCCCUGCCUGCCCCGGCCAAAUGUGUGCUUGGUACUGGUUUUACCCUUACAAAUCCAGAGGCAAAUCCUAAAAAUUCUCAAGGGUGCAGGAGUCUGGGUAAAGGCAGGUAAAUGAUAUUUGGGCUGGCAAGGGACGGGGGGGACGUUACAGAGAUCCUCAUUGUGGUUUCAACACUCAGGAGAAUAGAUGGGGUAAAAUUCACAAUUCUUAACAGAGGUUCUGAAUCUGCCUCUCUCAGAAUCCCAGAAUUCCCUUGGGAUCACAGAGUAUUCUGAGCUGGAAGUUCCACACUGAGGGGUGGAUUGGAAAGGCAAAGAAACCUCAUCCCAAAACCUGCUUAGGAAUUAAACGUUCCUGAAAUGCUCUUACUGUAAGGUACUUGCUACUCUUUAAGGCCAACAAAGCUUUUGAAUAUUCUUGGAAGUUUCUUCCUUUAAAACAUUUGUGACACCGAGGCCAAUGAAACAUUCCUGAGCACCUUUUGAGAUCUGAAGUGACAACAAAUCUGUGGUGAGGAGGUUUCUGAGUGCUGUAAUUUGCAUUUUUUUGUGCUGCUGUAAAGUCUCAGUUGUUCCAGGAGGUUGGUGAGGUGCUUCAGGCAGUGCUGCUCCUGAUUUACGUGGGCUGAAUCAGAGUUUGGGUGGCUUUGGUUCUGCCAAUGUUGUUUAAACUGAUCCAGAAAAGAUGAAGUGUUCUGUUAUCAUAAACCUGUAUUAAGCAUGGCCUAAAUAUUAGGUGUUUGUUCUGUACAGUAUGUUCCAUCAACUAUUUAUUCCCAGUGCUUUCAACUCCAAAUCCAGCACCCAUUUAAAAUGGAGUCAUUGGGCAGAUGUUCCUUCUCUCAUUAUAAGCUGAGAGAUUCUCUCUUGGAGGUCUAGGAGACAAUUUUGCUAACAGGUUAAAAAAAAAAACCCAAUAUGUAAAUAUGUACGAAUUCUAUUUGUUGCACAUAACUUUUUUGGUAUUAAAAAAAAGGAAAAAAACCCAACAAAAAUAAAUGUAGAAAUUACCUGUGGAUGUCUUGCUGCAAUCAUCCUUAUGCUGCAAUCAUGCAGUCCAAACAUAAGAGCUUGAAUGAACCCAACCAGAGGCCUUUUUGGACUCAGUCUGAGCCUUAGAAACUGUUUUUAAUGUCAGUACUGUAAUUCUGUUUCUAGAAAUUGUACCAAGUCGUGUGGGUUUUUUUUUUUUCUAAGACCUCGUGUGUGUUUAGCAGUAGAAGGGUUAAAGCACUUGAUUUCCCCCCAGAUCCCAGUUUUCCCAGUAGAAUUCCUGCAGCUUUGUGUCUGGCUGAGCAUUGUGUGUAAAGGCUGAGCAGCGUUGACUUGAGGCUUUCACUCUUUACAGUUCUUUAAGCAAAAAAAAAAACAAAUAACCAACCCAGCAUUGUGGUUUUUAUCACUUUCUGCUUUAUUGGGGCUGCUCAAAGCUGGUCCCACAGACCACAAAAUCCCUGGAAGCUGCUGGAUGUGUCCCUGGAUUUGGGGAAGGAGCUGCUGGGCAGGGUUGGGUUUGUUGAGAACAAGCAGGAAUUAACCCUGAAAUGCGUGCUCAGAUUUUGAGGGGGCUGAGCUGAACCCUGGUUUGUAAGGAGUGACUAAUGUCAAAUCCUCAGCUGUGUUUUGGUCAGGUCUGUUGAAAUUGGGGAAGAAAAUGAGUUUUUAAAGGAUAAUGACUAGAGAUGGAGAGGCUGAAAUGUCUUUCAGUCACUGCUAGUGGGCUUAAAUAUGGGAAUUGCUCAUACCAUGGUGUGUUUGAACAAAUGUCUUUUUAUUGUGCAUAGAGUCUUAUAUUCUGGGGGAUUAGUUCUAGAGAAAAUCUAGGCUUAGCACGGUGUGAGGAAUUCUGUAGUGUUGUUUCUUUUCCCUUAAAAACACAAGAAAAUUUGUUGUGGAGUCUGCGGUGAACAUCUGUGUCCCUAUUCUGCUGGGGCAGGGUGGAAGGUGCUGUUGGUUCCUCGUGUACCACCUCUGAAAGGAACAGAAUUUGGCCACCACACAACAGAAAAGCAAAUACUUUCUUUAUAUGGUCAGAUUUGGUCACUCCCCCGAGCCACUCACACCAGAGGCAGCUGCAGGACAGGGACUCAUGGCACCAGUUUCACCCAGGAUCUGGGAAUUCCAGGAAUCAAGCUCCAAAAUUGUAACUUUCCAAAUGCAUUGGGCAGCCUCUGGUUUUGUUGUUCUGCUCCUUGUGAUGCUGCUGGGCAGUUUGCAGACUAAAUAUUCUUUGUUUUUCUUUGAGUGCUUAAAGCCUGGCCUGAGGCUGGUGUACAGCACAGGGAUUUACAGCUGGCCCUACCCCAGAGGGCUUCAGGCUGCUCUCAGAAAGGUUUGGAACAGAAUUUCCCUCUGGAUUGCUCUUCCCGUGGUGACAUUUAACAUGAAGGAAGCCCUUCCACGCUGGAAGCGGCAUUGUUGGACACAGUUCGUGUCUAAUAGUGGCAGUUUUGGUACUGUAAAAUAAAUAGAUUUAAAGUUGAGUUGGUGUAGUCCCUCCCUCUCUAACAUUCCACCUUGCUGCUGGAAUAGGAAUUCCAAACUCUCUGUUGGAGUAUGUUGGGUGGUUCACACCCUUCCUGACUGCUGGGAAUGCUCAGGAUUUCUCACACAUCCAUCCUGUCAGGCCAGAGCAGCUGCACAAACUCUGCUGCUCUGCAAUCCUUGGGCAGUUUGCUGUGAGCUCAGUGGUGUUAACUCUUAGGGGAGUUGAACUGGAAAACCUCAUUUGCUUUAGAAGGAUGUGAUGUUCAUUUAGAGUAACUUAGAUUUUUUUUUUUAAGUUCAGCAUCGAGUUGUAUCAUGUAAUAUUUGUUUGUUGUUUUUUUUGUUUUGGUUUGGUUUUUUGCCAUAAACAGAUACCUCAGUCAGGAUUUCUUAACUUCAGCUCCUUGAAAGUGAAUAUUUGUUUUCCUGCCUGGAAACAGGAAACCUCCAGACAUGGCUGAGCAGAGGAAGCAAAAGUUUCCGAUCUGCUUUGCAUCACAGUGACUACUUCAGGUGGACUAGAAAUCGCAUUGCACUUGCAAGACUUGAAUCAGGCAUAAAACUUAUUUACACAGAAAUUUAAUAACAAGUUCAACAUAAUCCCCAGCCACUUGUUUUCAUUUUAGGAAGAGGGAAUGUGAUGUUAUUACAGGAGGAAGACAGCUUGAUUCAUUUGCAAUCUUCCAGUAUCUGUCUCUAAGAACAAAUGCAGCUGCUUUGGGCUGGCGCUGGCGGGUGAAGAUUCCUUUCUUGUUCCCCAGAACUCGUGUGGUCCCUGCAGAGAGGUUAUAAAAUAAAGAAACACAUAAGCCAAGCUCUUCCAGGCCCUGCUAUGAGCUGUUACAAUGUAGGUACCAGAUCAGGCCAGGUGGAAGAGACCUUUGCACUUUCUUCUGCACAGUCAGGUACAACAGGGAAGCUUGGCAGGACAGUGGCUGUGACAGAGCAGCUCAGCUGCAAUUCCUUGUUUUUACAGCUGGGACACUUAACUGGGCUGUGCUCACUGAUCCCUGUUCUAUCUACAACAGGUUGGCUCCACCUUCAGAUUGGAUGGAGGAAAUGGUGAUGACUAUUUACUGUGGCGUCUGGAUCCUUUCUGCCUGUUUUAAUCCUCAUAGGAAAACAGACAAAAGGAUUGCAACACGUAGAGAGACUGGAACUGUGUCUGUGUGUGACCUUGUCUACAUUUUCUCUGUCCUUUUCGAUGCUGCUGUUCUGGCCGGUGCUCUGCAGGGUGUUUUAGUGCUGUUCCUCCCUCUCACUGACUGCUCACCACCCCAGCCCACUGCAGGGCAGCAGAACAGGUUCAUUGUUAGGUUGUGAUUGUUGAACUUCUGUGGGACUGCGCUGUCAGUUAAGGAAUUUCCCUUCCUUUGUGACUGCACUUAUCUAUUAAUAAUGGGUGGAGUGUCCCGGUGAGGAAGCUGUGUGCCAGUGUGGCACCUGCUCAUCUACUGCUAAAUCUCUGCCAAGUUAAUGAUGAUUAUUUAAGGUGCUCUGUUCCCAGGGCAGCUGUAGGUGACACUGGAAGCAACUGAGAUGUCCCUGAAGCUCUGAAGUGAGGGUGGCCAAAAACCAGGAGCUAUCUGGGUCCCUCACAAGCUUCCCCUGUUCAUUGCCUCACGUUCCUGGGAGCAUCUGUGCAGGAGAAAGGAUGAACUAAGCACAGGCAGAACCUUCCCUCUUGGCUCUGCUCAUGCUGGAUUUUGGGAUAAAAACAGCUGUGCUCUGUCCUGGUGCACAGAGGGCCUUUUGUCCUACCCUUCAGCACAGCAUUUGUGUGGCAUCAACAACUGAACUCCCAGGGAGGAUGGAGAGGUGUUCAGAGUAUAAAUCAAAGCUCACCUUGAUUGGUCAUGAAAUCAGCAAAAUUCCAGAUGAGCUCCCCGAUCACGUACUCCUUCCUCUUCUUGUCAAAGACAGAGUGGUACUCCCUGAGCAUGGCCUGCUGGUACUCCUCACUGAACAUCACAGGGGGGUCCUGCAGCCACAACAACAGGCUGAGGGGACAAAUAAUCCAGCAAAGCCAUGCCCUCUGACAGAGGAACUGCUCCUGAAGAGAAACUCUGUGCUUGCCUGCUCUGCCAGUUGUGCUGCAUUAACUUGGCUGUUGUGAGCGAUAGCAAACACCAAAUUCCAGGUAUUCCCAAGGAGAAUCCCCCUGGUGGCCUUUGGUGUGACAGGGACAGGAGUGCCACCCGCCCUGCAGGGGACAGCACCACGAGCCUCCAUUCUCCAGGGUUUGCUUUCGUUGAAGCAUUUCCUACCACUGCCAAGGACAGAUUUUGGAGUCCUCUUCAGGCAGAGCAGCAAAGCUCACUGGUUUUGGUGCAGCAGGAUCCCAAUCCUGUAGCCUUUUGGACACUCCCAGCAAAGCCAGGCCCAGUGGUGCCACCCUCUCCCAGUUACAUUUUGCUGGCCUCUAAGAGCCGUUUGCAUCUGGCAGACACCACAACACUCACACUGUGCAGCCCAGGCACUGAGUCUGCUCCGUAUUCACUCUGGAUGAUGGGCUUUUGGUAGGUUUUAUACCAGUUCUCAAACUGGGCUGUGAGUUGGAGUGGGAUCACUUCCAGGUGGCCUGGAUCGUGGUACCAGGAGAAGUAGCUGUUCACACAAAUCACAUCCACGUAGGGAGCCUGCAAAAAACAAGGUGAGAGUGUUUUGGCACAGAUUUCAACGUUCUCUUGGAAACCUAAAUCCUCCUUUGGGUUCAUUUCAUAGAAUCCAGGUUUAUUACAGUAAGAAUGAAUUAUUUCCCCCCAUCAUUCAGGCCCUCCAAACAUCAUUAUCUUCCCCAGGAAAAAAAAAAAAAAAAGGAUAAAUUUAAUAAGCUAACAGCAUUAAUCUGGCAUUUUUUUUACAGAUUAGGAAAUCACAGAAAAGAGUUAGACAAGAUCAACAUGUUUCAUUCUCAGGUUUGUUAGAAGUUUUUUUUUGUUUGUUUCCAAGAUGUCUCUGGCUUGCUGGUACAUUUAGAUGUACUUUUUCUUUUUGAGUAUUGGAAUGUGAUUAUCAAGUGAGUGGUCAAAUAUUUUGACUAGCAACUAAAUUUUGUGCAUCAAUGGUGCAAUACUAAGAUUAAAGCAUUCUGCAAGUUAAUUGCCAUUUCUACCACAUGGACAGUGUGAUAAAAGGGCACAAAGCCCCCUCAAGAUAAAGUGAUGUUGUAUGUAACUUGUUCAAUGUUCUCUUAACAUGUUUUGUAAUAAAAGAAAAAAAAAAAAUUCUAAUAUCA